AUGGUAGUCGAUAUCCAUCCAGUCCACCAUCAUGGUACCUCAUCCAAUGAAUCAGGUAACCCAAACAUUGCCAAAACCACCGCAAUGUGCGUCCUAUUUCUAUGUUCCUUCACUCUUGGUUGUCUACCAAUCAAACUUACCAGAUGGUUGACCAGAAAUGACAAACAAGACGACAACAAAUACGUACAGAUUUUAUUAGGAAUUGGAGGCGGUGUCCUUCUUUGUACGACCUUUUUACACCUACUACCAGAAGUGAAUGAGUCAUUUGAAAGCCUAAACUUGACUCCAAACAUUGAAAUCCAUUACGCUGAACUUCUAAUGUGUAUUGGUUUUUUUUUGAUGUAUUUUGUUGAAGAAUGUGUUCAUAUUUAUCUUCACAAAAAAGUAAAAGAGCAAGAUUCUCCUUUGAUGCGUACACUUUCAAUAAGACGUGGCACGGAAACUCCAAGACCUUCACAACUUAAAGAAGUCAUUAUUAAUCAUAAUCAAGAACACAAACAUAGUCACAUUGAUCAUAGUGAAAUCGAUUCUACUGUUAAAGCAAUUCGAGGACUUUUAAUAGUUUUAGCUCUAUCAAUCCAUGAACUCUUUGAAGGUUUAGCAGUAGGUUUGGAACCAAGUCCAGGCAAUGUUUGGUACAUGUUUGGAGCUGUAAGCGCCCACAAGUUGGUUAUAGCAUUUUGUAUUGGAGUCGAACUUGUUACUACUGGAAUGAAAAAUUUCCUAAUAGUGAUUUACGUUUUUACUUUUGCCGUUGUAAGUCCUUUGGGGAUCGGUAUAGGCAUGGUAAUUAGUAAUUUGCAGGAAGAAUCUUCGAAGUUUGUUUCGGUGUUUUUGCAAGGGUUGGCUUCCGGGACACUUUUAUAUGUGGUGUUUUUCGAGAUUUUGCAAAACGAAAGGAAGAGCGGCUUGAGGCAAUGUUUUGCCGUGUUUUUCGGGUUUGUUUGCAUGUUUGGCAUUACGAUGUUAUAA